GGCAACUGAACUCAGAGGAGUCGCUUGCUCGGCUUCGGUUGAAUCGUUUUCAAGCAAACGAGUGGUGGGAGCUUCUCUCAUCACCUUCUGAACAUUAAACUCAAACAUUUUAUCCGUCAGCAAAGAGGAAUUUCAGUCGAAGAUGAACGCGUCAAUACUUGUGUUUUUAGAUACGUUUCCAUGUUUGUAAUUUUAGGUGAACAUUCAGCAAAGAUAACCGUUUUAUUAAGUGAGGUAGACGCAGUAUUUGUUGCUUCGGGUCACCUGUUUGACUGGGUUUCAGGUAAAACAGGUACAGGUGAAAAACUUAACAAAAUAACUUAAAACAGCAAUUAUGAUUCCCGAAUGUCCUCGGGCUACGGAGUCCAGUCAAGUUCGGUUUGAGUCCGGUCAGAACCGCUCUGGUUUACUGCGCGAGAUCAGAACCGCCAUCAGGCGCGAGACGUUCACCGAACACUAUGACAUCAUUCCGGGCAAAGAGCUGGGCAGAGGGAAGUUUGCCGUUGUAAGAAAAUGUGUGGAGAAAAGCACAGGAAAAGAGUUUGCAGCAAAGUACAUGAGGAAGAGGAGGAAGGGUCAAGACUGUAGAACAGAGAUCAUACAUGAGAUUGCCGUGCUGGAACUGGCAGCUGCCUGUCCACGAGUCGUCAACCUGCAUGAAGUCUAUGAGAUGGCCAGUGAGAUGGUACUUGUUUUGGAAUAUGCUGCAGGAGGAGAGAUUUUUAACCAGUGUGUGGCUGAGAGGGACGAAGCCUUUAAAGAAGUGGAUGUGAAGAGACUGAUGAGACAGAUUCUGGAGGGUGUGGCCUUCCUUCACAAGAGAAACGUGGUACACCUGGACCUUAAGCCUCAGAAUAUCCUCCUUACUAGGGAGUCUCCUCUCGGGGACAUAAAGAUUGUGGAUUUUGGCCUGUCGAGGUUGGUAAGCAGCAGUCAAGAGAUCAGAGAGAUCAUGGGCACACCCGAGUAUGUGGCACCAGAAAUCCUGAAUUAUGAGCCAAUAAGCACAGCAACUGAUAUGUGGAGUAUUGGUGUCCUCGCAUAUGUGAUGUUGACGGGUAUCUCUCCUUUUCUGGGGGAUGAUAAACAGGAGACCUUCCUCAACAUUUCCCAGAUUAAUGUCAGCUACACUGAGGAAGAGCUGAAGCACCUGGACAAAGCAGCUAUUCACUUCAUAAAGUCCCUACUUAUCAAAGAACCAGAGAACCGCUUCACAGCAGAAGAGUGUCUCGAGCACCAGUGGCUUCAGAUCAAAGAAGAAGAAGAAAAGGACGGAAGCACAUCUGAAAGUGUCUCUGAGCCUGCCAGCCCGGGAAUCUCCAGUCACGAUGAAGAAGCAGAGGAUGAAGAGAGCUCUCAGGUGACAGAAGAGCUCAUCGUAAUGGCAGCUUACACCCUGGGUCAGUGUCGACAGUCCUCUGAUAAAGAGACUCUGACCCCCGACCAGAAGGACAUCUCCAAACGCUUCAAGUUUGAGGAACCCUUCUCAGCCCUGCAGGAAGUUCCUGGAGAAUUCAUCUACUGAUUCCAGCUCAGCCAGAUAGCUGCUACGCUCCCAACUAAUGCCGCACUUCAGACAAGAAACCUUUUCUAUGUCUUUUCUUUUCACUCACCUCAUGAUUUAAACUUGUAAGCCAAACAACUUUUGUCUUUUGUCUUGCUGGUUGCUCUUGUUUCUUUUGUUUAAUGUUUGUGCUGCUUAUAUUUACAGACGACUAAGCCUUGCUGUGACUCUCACUUUUCUUGUUUUUAUUUCCUUUAGGUGCCAUGCUUAUUUGUUAUGGGUAAUACAUAUUAAAGUUAUUAUUUUUGAUGAUAAUAAUUUUGUUCGUUUUCUUUUGGGUGCAUUUCGAUGCAUCUUUGUACAAAUUAUUGUUUUGGUUUUGUUGUUUCUACAAGUUUGUUAAAGAUUAUAAAGCCAUUUUAUGUGUCCAGCUCCUUUCAGGUCUUUCCUUGGUAAAAAAAAAGCUUCCACAUCAAUAACAAAAUGUGUGUAAAUGUUUCCUUGUUUUGUUUUUUAACUCAUGUUAGAGUUAUAACUAUAAAUUGAUUUGUCACUAUAAAGAAUAUUUUUAAUGGCAACAUAUUACAAGGAGACUGUUCUGAUGCUGUAAAUAAAAGUUUGUCUUUACAGCAGUGACUCAUUAUUUUUUGGUUGGGAAAUUCUGUAACUUAAAAGGUAACUUAGUACUGACAUAACACAAGUCAUAGUUCAAACAAUAAAUGCUUUACCAACUUUAA